AUGCAGGUGCCGCAGAACUUUCCACACCCUGGUGGCAUGCAGCACCCCGGUGUCCCUCCCGGCCAUCAUAUGGCUCCAGGCAUGGCUCAUAAUCCCAGCCAGCCCGGCUCCCAGCCCGGAAUUCCACACCACCUCGCGCAUCAGAUGGCCGUGUCCGGCGCUGGCGGCCAGGUCAACCCAGCCCUCAUGGGCGCAGGAAUGCCUCCCGGUGCAAACGCCCACGCCAUGCAGCACCUGAACCCAAAUGUCCAGCACAUGUUCCCCCAGCAGCCCGUGACUCAGAUGAACUAUGCAGCCGCCCAACAGCACAUGCAACAACAGCGCCUCCAGGCACUGCAACAGCAACAGAGGCAGAUGAUGGCGCAACAGAUGUACGGUAACAUGCCAGGUGGUAUGCAGAUGAUGGGCAACAUGCAGAUCAACCCUGCGCAGAUGGCCCAGUUCCAAGCGAUGCAGCAGCAGAGGCAGAUGGCAGCUCGUCAGCAGGCGCCGAACCCACAACAACAGGCCCUCUUGGCGGCGCAACAGCAGCAGCUGCUACAAGCGCAACAACAUCAUCAACAGCAGCAGGCGAACCAGCAAAUGGCUCAGGGGCAACAUCCGAACCAGCCCGGUCAGAUGAACCCCCAGAUCAAUAUUGCUCAACUUCAGGCCAUGCAGCAGGCCCAUCAAGCCCAACAAGCCCAGCAGCAGCAACAGCAGCAAGCUCAGCAGCAACAGCAAGCUCAGCAGCAGCAGCAGCAACAAGCUCAACAGCAACAAGCUCAGCAGCAGCAGCAACAACAGCAACAGCAGCAGCAGCAAGCUCAGCAGCAACAACAACAAGCCCAGCAGCAGGCAGCCCACCAAACUCCUCCUCAGCAGCAGCAGCAACAACAACAGCCACAAUCCCAGCCGGGGCCGCCUCAGCCAACACCUCAACAGCAGAUUGGACAGGGUGGCCCCGCGCAAGCCAAUGGACCUCAGCCAACCCAAGGUCAACCCCAAGGCCCGAACCAGGCACAGCCGAACCAACAGCAGCAGCAACAGCCGCCGCCGCCAGCGCAGCAGCAGCAGCAGCCUCAGGCGCAGGCUCAACCAAACCAGCCGCAGGCCGCACAACUGGUCGCUGCGCAACAGCAGGCCAGUAUGAUGGCUCAAGCGCAGAAGCGCGAGGGUAUGAAGGGGCACUGUUUGCUUCGGUUGAUGAACUUCCAAGAGCAUCUCAGUGGAUACUCGUCUCUUGCAAAAGACAAGGAUAUCGCACACUGGCAGGAAUUCGUGCAUCGCUUCUUCUCUCCUCGGGGUAUAUACCGAACAAACGUUCGCAACAAAGCCGACACGGAGGCGUCAGGAGACAAGCAGGUAGAGAUGAACUAUCCGGCAAUUCCGCACUACUUUCAGGCCAGCGGUGCUUCCAAGAUAGAACUGCAGCUCGGUGCAGGGACGAUAGAUAAGCCACUGCCGGGUGACUGCCAUCUCAUCGAGAACGGCAAUGCCAGUGUCACAAUGUGGUUCGAGACAUCUCAUGUGGUACACGUUGGCAACAUCCGCGUCCAGUUUGACGCCGAGUCAAAAAUCGAUCUGUUCGAGUUUGUCUCAACAGAUCAUGACGAGUACGUCUCGAGGACUGUGGUCGUCGAUGGCGCGAAGCCCAACCACCAGUGGAUAAAGGAGUGGCGCACGGUCAACUCGGACAGCUCUACCGCGUCUCCUGAAAUGAGCAAGAAGAGCAAACCGCGGCCGAAGAAGAGCCCUCAGAAUCCGCCCCCAGACCUCGACAUCCCCCAUUCCGCCGUCAAGCAUGGUGUAGGAAUCACGGAGCAGCAAUUUCAAUUCCUAGAGAUUGUCGAGGUCAUGGGCACGAUGAACCCCCUAUUCCAAGCCGCACAUCAGCAUCCUAGUAUGGGCGCUUAUCAGGUCUUGGACGAUUACGUUUCGAAUCAAAUCCCCCAGGCCGGUGCACCGAACAUGAACGGCCAGGUCAUGCCAAACGGACCACGGACUCCAAGCUUCGGCCAGUUCCCAAUGGGCGCGAGCCCUCACGCCGCGCACCUCCAGCUACCAGGCUCACCGCAUGUUGGCAGCCCGGCAGCAGGUGCAAUGCAGGCACCCGCCAUGGCAAUGCAACACAGCCAGCAGGGAAGCAGCUCAAAUGCUAGCGCCAAUACGUCGCCGGCCGGCCAGAAGAGAAGACGACCUUCCGGCGUCAAGGUUGAGGAAGACACUCCAGGAAAUGCCCCAACGCCAUCAGCUGCAGGUGGCGUCCCACAGGUUAAUGGAGUUGCCGGCAACAAGACGAAGCCUCCAACACCAAGGAUGCAGAAGAGAAUGAAAGGCAACCCAGCGUAG